AAUGCUACAGUGAUCCAUUUUAUUUUUCCCGAUGUCCAUUUUGCCCCUGAAAUUAUUUCAAAACUUGUAUUUCUGAUUGGCCAACUAUUUCUUCAUUUCCACAUAUCUUUUCACUUCGCCAGAAUUUUCUUCUGAUCCGGCAUUGAAGGUUCGUUUCGAUUCUAGAUCUGAAGCCGGUUCUUGACAUCAGGCUGAUUUGCAGCACAGAGUGCUGGAAGAAGGUUAUACGUCAGGGCCUGGUGCUUGUGAGCAGUCCAAUAUACGAGUUUCGAUGGAACGGAAUAGGCCUAAAAGAUGCCAUAUGAAUGUAUAUGUAUAUGCGAUGCUUGAGGAAAUAAUGGAACAGCUUGUUGAGCAACUUAUCGUAGUAAUUGAACACAUAGUCAGGCUUAUAACAAGAAAAAGAAAGCGUAGCUCAACGGUAGCGCCGUAUGGUAUUCUUCACCGGAUCCCUGAGCAGGUGAAGCAUUUGAGCAGGUUAACUAAUAUUAGUGAUAUUGAUUGUGUUGUAAAUAUGCGAAUGGAUCGCAACGCCUUCGGUCGACUUUGCCAAUUACUAAGACAGUUGGGUGGUCUAACAAAUGGUAGAUAUGUAACUGUCGAGGAACAGGUCGCCGUAUUUUUAUCUGUCCUAGCUCACCAUAAGAAAAACAGGGUAGUUAGGUUUGAUUUUUGGCGUUCGGGACAAACAAUCUCCCAUUACGUCCAUGUUGUCUUGAAUGCAAUUUUGAAACUCCAUGUCAUCCUGCUUGUGAAACCCCAACCUGUAUUAGAGGAUUGCAUCGACCCGAGAUGGAGAUGGUUUAAGGGAUGUUUAGGUGCAUUGGAUGGCACCUACAUCGAUGUCAUGGUGCCGUCUGCCAACAAACCAAGAUAUAGGACGCGGAAAGGACAAAUAUCAACAAACACUUUAGCGGUGUGUGACCGGAAUGGCAAGUUUGUAUAUGUGUUACCGGGGUGGGAGGGCUCCGCAGCCGACUCUAGAGUAUUGCGCGAUGCACUCACCCGUGUGCACGGCUUCAGGGUUCCCAAACGCAACUACUACUUGUGUGAUAACGGUUAUGCAAACUCUGAUGGAUUUUUGGCGCCAUACAAAAGAGUUCGAUAUCACUUACGGGAGUGGGGACCAAUGGCUGCCAGACCACAAAACGCGCAAGAACUAUUCAACUUGAGACACUCCAAGGCACGUAACAUCAUCGAGCGAUCUUUUGGGGUUAUGAAAAUGCGUUGGGGAAUACUUCGCAGCACUUCCUAUUAUCCAAUCGUGAUCCAGAACAGGAUUAUAAUGGCGUGCUUCAUUAUUAACAAUUUUAUUCGUUCCGAGAUGACUGUUGAUCCCAUCGAAGAACAGUUCAACAACUUAACAGUUGAAAUGGAAUUCGCAGAACAGGACCACGGCGAGUUCAUCGAUGCUGUAGAGGCAUCUCCUGCAUGGAAUGCACAGCGAGAUGAUUUAGCCCAUGCUAUGUGGCAAAAAUAUGUGGGAAAUAUGUGAUGUUUGUUCUUGAAAACUUGUUUAUCGGGAUGUGUCCAUAUUAUGACAAUUUACCCACAUGUGUAUGAAUGAUUAGAUGCUUGAUAAACAUAUGUAUCUUAUGUGGAGCAUCCUUUUG